AUGCUCAAUACAACCAAGCUGGUUGCAAUCGAGUCAUCUUCUCAAAACAUUUCGUCUAAACUGCAUCAAAUCAAUUCGAGAGUCGAGGCUAUUCAAGAACCCUCUAUGAGAAUCAGCACCCAUCUACCAGUGCUGCAGGACAGCGUGGACUCCGUCGCCCAUCGGGUCGAGUACCAGUCCGGCCUCAUUCUGGACAGGAUCCAGAAAGGUAGCCAGAAUGUCCAAGAGGGUAUCCAUCAAUCUAUGGAAAUACAGUUCAAACAGCAGCAAGAAGAGUUCGAAAAGAGAUUUGGGCAACUUUUCAAAAUGCUCCAGCGGCCGGAUCCAAACGUGUCUGUCGCGCCAUCGACACUUCAGGAGUUAUGUGACAGUGUUCAAACGCCUAAACAGAGGCGUGACCGAGAUUUGCCAGAGGAUACAAUCCAUUCAAAUUCACGCGCUGUGACAAGAAUGUCACAGGAUAUCCUACAGCGCACAUCAGUCACCGGUCGGGAAUGCAUUUGUCAUCGAUCUUGGCGGGCAGCCACGGGAAAGAGUACACAGAUGGGCCAUGUCUACUUCUCCAGUGCAUUUGCAACCCAGCGUCAUUGGCCGAGUUGCCCACAGUCACAAUGGGCACCAACUCAGAGCCGAAAAACAUGGGGUGUGAAAUACACUGGUCUUACCCGUAUACUAAAGGCCGCUGUUGAUAUCUCAUUCUCAUACACAUUCGGAGCUGGCGGUUUCAGUAUUUGUCCCAACUUUACCUACUAUCCGACAGUUAACGACGAAACGGACUGCGCCUUCCAAGUAUUAGAAGUACUUUAUUCGGCAAGUUGGCGGACGAAUCGAGAAAAAAUGGAGCUGUUGAUGGCCUCCUGUAUCAAGAAAUUGGUAAAGAUCUUUGAUGGGAAGAAGGCGCUUCCAUGGUCUGUCAACGACAGAAACGAAAGUCUGGUACACUGUAUGACCGAAAUAGUACGAUUUAAACCCAUCUUGGGAACACGUCAAAUACUCACAGUUUGA